AUGCCUAACAGAAGAAUCGAAGCUGCCGUCCAAGGAAAGCUCCUGCCCACCAUCAUCGAGGAGCUGGCUUCUGAUGAACCCGACAGCUUAUGGGCCGAGUACCCCUCGUCGCCGUCGACCUACGACGCAGGAUUCAGCGGCAUCACGUAUUCCCAAUUUGCACGUGCAGUGGACCAGAUCGCCUUCUGGCUUGAAGAUGCGCUCGACCGGAAGGAUACCGGUGAAGCGUUGGCGUUGCUGGCGCCAAAUGACCCUCGCUGCACCAUUACGAUAAUUGCCGCAAUGAAGGCGGGCUUUAAGCUGUUUCUGAUUUCAGAAAGGAACAGCGUCGCUGCAAAUUAUAAGCUGUUUGACGAUGUCGGCUGCUCAGCUUUGGUGACGACUAAUCGCUUCUUUCGGCCUGCGUGGGAUACUUUGUCGGAUAGAGAAAUGCCCCUGAUUGAGCUGCCUUCCUUGGAUGAUCUGAUAUCCAGGCCCUGUGCUGUAUAUCCCUAUAAUAGAUCCUUGGAUGGCAUGUAUCAGGAGGCUGCCGUCAUGUGUCACACCUCAGGAUCUACAGGUAGGCUGAACCACAAGUACGCAUCCACCUUGUUCACUCAGCCUAGGAUUUCCCAAGCCAAUUUCGGUACCGCAUGGCUUCUUCAUGAAAACGGCGCGGGCUAUAGGGCUGUCACCACCCGAAGGCAAUCGAUGCGUGUCACUCCUGCCCCUGAGUCAGGUAUGAGGACGGGUCUUCUCUCUAUCCAGCCUUCCACCGUAUAUCUGCACCCGAGCAUCGCUGCCCUUGCGGUUGCCGUGGAUAAGUUGAUGAGAGACGAAGAGGCAGCGGCUGAGCAGAGCAGGAAGACACGACUGGACAACAGAAGUGAAGUGCUACAAAGACACACGGCGACGAUCAAUGCACUCGGCACCGAUACUGUUCAGCAGAGGAGCGAUUUCCAUCGUGAUCAAGAUGAUGCUGCACCCCAGGUGGUCAUCCUAACCAGUUCAACCGGCACCAUCGGCUCUUACAUCCUCAACGCUCUUCUCCAUCGUCCUGAGGUGGCCCAUAUCUUCUGCCUCAACCGAGCCCCCGACUCUGCCUCGGUGCAGAGAGAACGCAACUCCUGCGCUGAUCCUAACUUGUCUGUUCAAUUUCCCGCCCAAAAAGUCUCCUUCCUCACAGCCGAUCUCGCAGAACCCAACACAUUCGCUCUACCCCAGUCCACCUACGACACCCUCCUCACCACCGCCUCCAUCGUCAUCCACAACGCCUGGACCGUUGACUUCAAUCUGCCCCUCUCAUCCUUCGACUCCCACCUUUCCAGCGUCAUCAACCUAUCCGUCUUCUGCGCCCAAUCCACCCGCCACACCUCUCUGACAUUCCUGUCCUCCAUCAUCGCCGUCAUGAACCUCCCCAAUUCCCCCACCAUCCCAGAAUCCACCCUCCCACACAUCCAAUCCCUCGCGCCAACCGGCUACUCAGAGAGCAAGUACAUCGCAGAGCGACUCAUCUCCCAUUCCGCCUCAACCUUCAGCCUCAACGCCACAAUCCUCCGUCUCGGACAGAUUGCCGGGCCCGCACACAGUCCCUCUGGACGCUGGAAUCCGCACGACUGGGUCCCCGCCCUAGUGCGGAGCUCGCGCUAUCUUAACGCUCUGCCGGACUCGCUGGACGGGGACCCGGUCCCGGUCCCUGCGCUGCAUCUUUUGAAUCCUCAUCGGACGACGUGGAGGGCUCUAGUACCGUCUGUGUUGGCUGCGUUUGAGGAUUCUGGUUCGUCGGGGGAGGGCACUGCGCCGGUUGAGCUCGUUUCUCCUGGUGUUUGGUUGGGUAGGUUGAGGGGUAGUGCGGGGUUGGAGAUGGAUGGGAAGGGGUCUUCCUUUUCUGGUUCUUCUUCUGUGGAUGUGGAUGUGAUGGGAGCUGUGAAUCCUGCGCUGCGGUUGUUUGGGUUCUUUGAGAUGUGGCUUGGGAUGGAGGGGAAAGGUGGAGAGGGAGAUGAGGGAGUCGUUCGGAGGUUGAGGUGGGAGACGGAGAAGGCGGAGAAGGCGAGUGAAUGCUUAAGAGAGGCGGAGGAGAUAAAUGGGGAGAUGAUGGGGCGGUGGACGAGGCAGUGGAUGGGAUGUCUGUAG